AUGCAAGGUGAAGAGCCACCUCGCCUGCACGCCCCACCGCCCUCGGCUGCGGCGCCCAAACCCAAAGGCAUCCUCAAGAAUGCACAGUCACAUUCUUCAGGAAAUGUCCCAACAAUAGGGCCCGCUGAGGGUCUUCAAUGGGACGAGACGAAUCUCACACUUCACGAAAUCGAGCGCGAGAACAUGGCUGCCAGGAUGAAGGUUGAUGAACCCAAGACUCCCUUCGUGCGAGGCACCAGCUUGGGUCCGGACGACAUAGGCGACGACAGUGAGUGUGAACUGUCAUAUUGCAGCAGCCCUGCCUCUGGCUCUGUAUCCGGAUCUCGCACUGGCUCUCGCCGCUCAUCCGCUGCCGAUCUAACCAAAGCAAACACAGCAGCCAACGCGCGGACGGGCUCCCUCACCCCCGCUGUUGGCGACGCAAGUGGUGGAUUGGGCAUCAAGGUGCCCAGUGAUAUAGGAGGUGAUGGCGACUCGGAGAUGGCGGCUGCUCCCCCCGGGGGCUCGCGAAGGAGGAGCAGUAGCUGCCGCUCAUCCAGCGCCCGCCCUGAUGCUGGCGAAGCAGCAGACUCAACCCGUAAUGGUUUGCGGCGCGAGCGCGACGACCGUGAGAUCGUCAAUGGACAUGGCGCUGCACUUGCUGACGGAGAUGAAGAAGCAUUCGAUUCGUCAGAGGGGGAGGAAGAUGUGGACGAAGAGACGAAGGAGAAGCAUGACGCAUUUGCAGCCAAGCGUAAAGGUCACUACGGCAAUGAGGCAGAAGCGCUCAAGGCGGCUAAGUUGCUUGCGCAGCAGGACGACGAGGACGAUGAAGAUGAUGACGAUGACGAAAGCAGCUUGCCACCGCUAGCUGUGCCGCCGCUGCCUGCUAACAUUAACGGUGGGCAGUGA